CACGCUGUGCGCCACCGUCAUUAGAAAUCACGAAGAAGUGUUCACAAUAAAGAAAAGAAGAAGAAGUAGUGUUGCUAGCAAUGGCAGCUACUUCAGGGUUACAGAUGGAUCACCUCCCUUCAGACCCGUUGCUGCACAUUUUAUCCUUCGUGGGCUUCAGAGACCUCAUCCAUUGCAGUUAUGUCAGCAGGAGGCUGAAUGAACUCUCCAAACACAACCCGCUGUGGAAAGCCUUCUGCUCCAAACACUGGCUGCUUACAGAUGCAGACCGGCUGGAGAGCGGCCUGUCCUGGUACUGUCUGUUCCAGCAGUACUACAGAGACCUGGGCCACUACAUCCACUACUACCCUGUACUGAAGAGGGCCUGGGAGCAGCUGAAGAGCUUCCUGCAGCAGAGGUGUCCGCGCAUGAUCGCAUCGCUCAAAGAAGGAGCCACAGAGGUGGAGCUUAAUGACAUCGAGGCUCAGAUCGGCUGCAGACUUCCAGACGACUAUCGCUGCUCCUACCGCAUCCACAACGGACAGAAAUUGGUCAUCCCAGGGCUGAUGGGCAGCAUGUCCCUGUCUAACCACUACCGGUCGGAGGUGCUGCUGGACGUGGAGACGGCGGCCGGAGGUUUCCAGCAGAGGAAGGGGAUGAGACGCUGCCUCCCGCUCACCUUCUGCUUCCACACUGGACUCAGCCAGUACAUGGCUCUGGAGCCCGCAGAGGGACGCAGGAUGUUUGAGAGCUUCUACCCCUGCCCUAAUCAGACAGCUCAGGAUCCUUCAGCCAUCGACAUGUUCAUCACAGGUUCGUGUUUCUUGGAGUGGUUCACAGCUUACGUCCACAAUGUCGUCACAGGAGAAUAUCCAAUCAUCAGAGACCAGAUCUUCAGGUAUGUGCACGAUAAAGGUUGCGUGGCAACCACUGGUGACAUCACCGUCUCUGUUUCUACCUCCUUCCUACCAGAGCUUUCCUCCAUCCAUCCGCCACACUUCUUUUUCACUUACCGCAUCAGGAUAGAGAUGUCGAGCAGCGCAUCGCCUGAGGCUGCCUGCCAGCUCGACAGCCGCUACUGGAAAAUCACCACCUCCGACGGCAACGUGGAGGAAGUUCAGGGGCCCGGCGUGGUUGGUGAGUUUCCAGUGAUGACACCAGGAAAGGUCCAUGAGUACGCCAGCUGCACCACCUUCUCCACGCCAUCAGAGUAUAUGGAGGGUCACUACACCUUCCACAGACUUGCCAAUAAAGAAGAAGUUUUCCAUGUGGCCAUCCCUCGCUUCCACAUGGUCUGCCCCCCCUUCAGAGAGCCAGUUGUUCGAACGCAAAAGGCAGCCACCAGUUACACAACUCGCUUUGACGACCACGACCACGAUGGCGAGUACUGCGACGGCGAUGGCGAUGAUUUUGGCGAUCUGAGAGGAAUCAACAUGGCCGCCUUGGAGGGCGCGUGGUGUCCUCGACACAUCUGACCUCUGCCCCCCCCCAGCAGUUUCACUGCACUGCUCAUGGACUAAGUUAUUCGGAUCUGAUUGACGGCAGUAAAACAUCCUUCGUGACCUCACUAACGGAGGCCAGGGGAUUCUGGGAGAGGUAGUACCAAGCAGAGCCAUACCCGGGACAGAUUCACGGCAACUUCCAGCUGUCAGUCAAAAAGCUGAAACACAAUGUGUACAAGGUGCAGUUUAAUGGAAAAGAUCUGAUUCUUUCUCUUGUUUAAACUUUUCUUCUUGGGAUGUAAAAAUAUUGGACAAGGGAAGAACUUCCUGAUCUUCUCUUUGGCUUUCAGGAUGGUUAUUUGUGGUGCCUGGCUAAGUUCUUUUUUUUUUU